AUGCCUCACCCCCUCUCCAUCCUCAUUGUCUUCCCUACUCACACAAUUCCUCCUCCGCCACUCGACUCCUCUUCUCCUCAGCCCCUCUCAGAUACCUCACACUCGGUCUCAAAAGUAUCAUCUCGAGAAAUCCCUUCCGCGUACUUUUCAUCGCAAAUAACCCGUAAUCCAAAAACUCCCAGUCUCCAUACCACUCAGGACAACACGAUCCACACCACGAUCCCGGGGGGGGGGGGGGGGCCUCACGAGGACCCGUCCUCCUCGCAGUACAUAUCCUACAAUCCUCACUAUAAACUUACCCUUCCACAGCAUCUUCUGGGGACUCCAGUACGCCAGGGAAAUGGUCGAAAAAAAUCCGUGCAUGGAUCAUACGAGUCAGAGUCGUCAAAACAUCUGUCGCCGUCGUCCGUCCACCGCCUCCCAGCCCCAUAG